GCGAGACCUGUGCAGCCCGUGCCAGGGAUGGCGCACGUGAUAGCUUGGAGGGCGGGAACCGGGAGGUGUUUUCCAGGUUUAAAAAGUGCGAGGGCUGCGGCUCCGUCAGUCGCGCCGGGAGCUCACUGUGGAACCGCGAUGCGGAGGGGAGACGGAGCCGCCACGGCGUGAAGAGAAAAAAGAAAAGAAAAGAAAAGAAAAGAAAAGAAAUAAUAACAGCAGCGGCAGGCAAGUGCAGGAGGAAGCGUCGCCAAGUAACCGCCACGCGACCGAGCUAGCUAGGUGAACGGGGAUGCCGCUGACGGUGGCAGCAGCGCGGUUAGCUUAGCGCCCUCCAAUUUCGCCGGUCUCUAAAACCAGUCCGCCGCGACCUCCGUCCUCCGGUCCUGUCAGCUCUCGGCACGUUUCUCGCUCCUCGUUUAAACCGCGCUGGACAUUUCGACUUUCUCCGCUGCUCGGAAACGCGCCCUGUCACGGAGGGAAGAGUGGAUGCCCGCCACUGGCUGCCUGAGAGCGGAUUCAAGAGGCGACUCGAGGCAGCAGCAGCAGCCGUGUGACGGUUCGGGGGGGAAGCGCCGAGGGUCUGAGCUGAGCUGCUCCGCUGAAGCGAGUAUGAAGUCUGCAGAAGAAGAGGCUUUUAGCUACACGCCCAACGUGAGCCUAUCUCUGCCUCUGGGAAUGGGUAACCCCUGCCUGGCUUCUCAGUACCACAACCUGCAGACCAGCCCUGUCAUCUCGGUUUCCUCUUGCCACCAGGCGAGCUACGGUCUCCAUGAGAAUGCCAUGGGCCCAGGUUAUUAUUUGUCCCACGGGCUCAGGCCCAAUGGGGCUCCUCCUCUGGAGAGCCCCCGCAUCGAAAUCACUACUUAUGGCCAGAUGUCUGAAGAGGAGGUGGAAGAGAUUGGUAGUGUUGACCCUAUGGCCAAGCGGGUCAACAUUGUGACCUUGACCCUCCCCAGCAUCGAUGGCUACCGUGACCCCAGCUGUUUGAGUCCAGCCAGCAGCCUGUCCUCUCGCAGCUGCAACUCGGAGGCCUCAUAUGAGUCUGGCUUCUACAACUACGAUAACUCACCCCAAAACUCCCCCUGGCAGUCUCCCUGCGUCUCGCCCAAAGGAUCAUCCUCCUUGCUUUCCUGCCCUCAUGCCCCAGGCUCUGUCCCCUCCCCCAACCACUCACCCUCCACAUCUCCCCAUGCCACUGUAGCCAAUGACGACAGCUGGACUGGGGCUGCUCCUCGCAAUUCCCGCCCCAGCUCUCCAAUCUGCAGCGCCGGAAGCCAUGGUAAGCGGAAAUACAGUUUCAACGGAGCCCCCUACAGGCAGCCUUCAUAUUCGCCCAACCAGUCACCCGGCGCCUCGCCUCAAGGCUCACCCAGACUCAGCGUUGCUGAGGAGACUUGGCUGGGCACCACCACCAACCAGUACACCAACUCAGCCAUCGUAGCUGCCAUCAAUGCCCUCAGCACAGACGGCCUAGCUGACCUCGGAGAUGUCCCUCCCAAAUCCCGCAAAACUAACCUGGAGCACAGUCCUGCCAUGAGCCUGAAGGUGGAGCCUGGGGGAGACGACAUGGCCGUGAGCACAGACCUCUGCCAGGAGGACUACUCUAGCACCAACCGCCUGCCUUUCAAGAAGGAAAGCUACUGUCCAGGCUUCCUGGAUGUGCCCCCACACCCCUACUCCUGGCCCAAGCCCAAGCCUUACAUCAGCCCGUCCCUGCCGGCUCUUGAUUGGCAGCUGCCGUCCUGCUCGGGUCCAUACAGCCUGCAGAUUGAAGUGCAGCCCAAAUCCCACCACCGCGCACACUACGAGACGGAGGGCAGCCGAGGGGCAGUGAAAGCCUUAUCGGGAGGACACCCCGUGGUGCAGCUCUACGGUUACAUGGAGAGCGAGCCCUUGACACUCCAGCUGUUCAUCGGCACGGCAGACGACCGGCUCCUGCGGCCACAUGCCUUCUACCAGGUCCACCGGAUCACUGGCAAGACCGUCUCCACCGCCAGUCACGAAGCCAUGCAGUCCAACACCAAAGUGCUGGAGAUACCCCUGCUGCCGGAGAACAACAUGCGUGCUAUAAUUGAUUGUGCUGGGAUAUUGAAGCUCCGCAACUCUGACAUUGAGCUGAGGAAGGGCGAGACUGACAUCGGUCGGAAAAACACGCGGGUCCGGAUGGUGUUCCGCGUCCACAUCAACCAGCCCAAUGGCAGGACAGUGUCUCUUCAAGUGGCUUCUAACCCCAUAGAGUGCUCCCAGCGCUCGGCCCAGGAGCUGCCCCUGGUGGAGAAGCAAAGCCUGGACAGCUAUCCUGCUACAGGGGGUAAGAGGAUGCUCCUGAGUGGCCACAACUUCCUGGCUGACUCCAAGGUCAUGUUUGUGGAGAAGGCCCAAGAUGGCCACCAUGUUUGGGAAACAGAAGCCAAAAUCGACAAGGACUCUCUCAAGCCUACGUCCCUGGUGGUGGAGAUCCCACCAUAUCGCAAUCAGCGAAUAGCCAGCGCUGUACCUGUCAGCUUCUAUGUGUGCAACGGCAAGAGGAAGAGGAGCCACUACCAGCGCUUUACUUACCUGCCUCCAAACGUUCCUAUGAUAAAGACAGAGCCGACCGAUGACUAUGAGACACAGGGCGCUCCCAGGAUGCCCAUGCACUCAAAGCCCUUCUACAGUCAACAGAGACUGCCUCCCAUGAUGCCUUUGAGUGACACUGACCCCUGCAUGGUGGGCGGCUACUCUCCCUGCCCUCCCUGCCCCGCUGCCAUGCCUUGCUCCUCCCCCGGCUCCAGCCCUAAGCUCCAUGACCUAUCACCUAUCCCCUUCCCUAAGUGCCUAAGCAGUAGCCCCACUCACUCCACUAUGCCUGGUAAUGUGGCCUCCCUACAAGACACACCUACACACCCCAGCCUGGCCCUGCCCAGCUCCCCUGACCACACCUCCCUCACUAUGCCCCACCCCCAGGGUAGUCCACACCUCAGCAGCCCCUCUUAUCAUCCUCUCUACCCCAGCAGUAGCCCCUCCUCCUCUCCCACCUCCCACCCCUCUACGCCUGGUGCUGCAGCGGAAAGCCCCUACCUGCCCCCCUUUGGGUCUGCCCAGCCAAGAGGAAGCCCGUCCAGCCUGUUGGCAGAAGACAGUAGCUCCCCUGCACUGUCCGUCACCAUCAAACAGGAACCGCAGGAGCUUGACCAGAUGUACCUGGAUGAUGUCAAUGAAAUCAUCAGGAACGACUUGUCAAGCACUUCCGCUCACGGUCACUCGUAGAUGGCCAUCGAGACGAUGACGAAAGAAGGGACCAAGACGUCUUCCCUCUGAACCCGUCCACUCCUGGACACCGAGUCCCGGCAUUUAAAGUCGACAAUUCAAGAGACAACAAGAAAGACAACAAGAGACAAAAACAACUACACUUGACUGAAUGUUUCACAUGAAAAGCCUUAAAUUCAACGAGGUGCACGAAAGCACCGUCAGUGACUGUUCUCCUUUUUUAUUUGUUUCUGCUCUUGCCUUAAAUAGAACUUUUGCUCUUUUGUGGACCAAGAUUUCACAGAGACUUUCCUCUAGUCUCUCUUAUGUGGUAUGUACCGUCGUUCAGGACCAAGGCUGUUAGACAGGGUCAGAAUAAUAGAGUAGCUGAAAUGUCCCCACUUGUUCAUCAUGCGGGACAGAUACUGCAGUGCCUUGCUGCAAGCACAAACCUGGAUGCAAUCCCAUUCUUCUUAUUCACUUCUUUUUUUAUACCUUUUUGAUUCAGUCACUUGUUUGUUUACAGAAAAUAUGAAAGGCUGGAAACGUGUAGAAAUAUGUGUGUGAAUAAAGUAGACCAGUGUUUAGACCAUGUUUUAUUUUUUUUUUUUUUUUUUUUCAUUUUUUUAUACCAUGACAUGCGUAUAAAGAUGUCUAUAGCGCUUUUUCUUUAAAUAUGUAUGUUUAAUAUGCUGUAAAUAUGCCUUAAUUAUCUGUUGUUGUUCCUUGUAUAGUGUGUAGUCUCUCAGUGAAAUUGGACCACCUCUACCUCCCCACCCGAACACCUGAACACCAUUGAUGAGAGCCCAGUGGUUAGAGAGCAUUGCUCAUCACUCAAAGUAUAUAUGAAAUGGCACUUAGCUCCAAGGUUUGGGUAAAGCAGUCCUACAGUUGACCAAUAGCUUAAGUGGCAUCUAGCUGCAGCCCGCAGACCUAACCCCAGAGUAGAGGUUAGCCCACUAAGUUAGCUACCCAAGCUACAAUUAUGUGUUUUACAUUCUGUUAACUAAUUUGAAGUUCAAUGAACUCAAAACUUUAGGGCAACCAGGUUACUUACUUUUUAAGUUAAAGCAUUGAACUAUUUUUAUAAAGCACUGGGGACAAUGAGAGGAUAUCUUGCUUACUAGCUUCUAAAUACUUAUAAAAGUCUAAAUAUUAGUAGAGAAAUUUUUAAAUGACUUCUAAAGAUGUGAUGCCAUGAGCUUCACACACUGUACCCCUCUGUGCUAUGCUAACCCCUAUGCUAAGACGUUUACACAAGCUAGCAUGGCUGGGGAAGCUAAUACUGACCCCAACCUUAACCCUAUUCAUGUAAACAUAUAUAUGUAUAAAUCGCUGUUGAAAGAAAACCUUGUAUCACUAAAUAGGUAACUUUGCAGAAGAAGGAAAAAACCUACGUUACUUUUAAUGUAAGUCAA